AUGCAGGCUCGUGGUGGUUGUGCCGCCUGUGCUGCGGAGACGGGCGCUCCCGGCAGAAGAGCGGGGCAGGCAGCGGGGGUGGUAAUCUUAAACUACGGCGUGAAACGCCAGAGGUCAUACGGAGAUGACUUUGAUGAGCUUGUGGUGAGUAACAAUGAUGUUGUGCUCAAAAAUAUCGCUGAAGAUUUGCGGAAUCGUUUACCCAUCGAGGCAAUGUUUAAUUCAGAACAUCAAGCUGUUCAGAAAAUACACCAGCAUCCACUGCCCAUGAUUCAUGUUGAUGCAUUCCUUUAUGAUGAUGAUUUUGUUGAUUCAUUGUGUGAGGAGGGGAAAAUGAGUAGGAGCUACUGCACAGAGUGUGGCUCAUACAAGACUGCAUCUUUAGAGUUUAUUUCGCAUUCCUUUUCCCUCAUGGAACUGAAGUUUCUUUAUCAACAUGUACUGCCUGACCUGACAGGAAAGGUAGUGGUUGACGUUGGCUCCAGGCUUGGUGCAGUGCUAUUUGCGGGUUAUCUUUAUAGCUCAGCAGCCCAACUGUGUGGAGUAGAAAUGAAUGCAGACUUUUGCCAGUUGCAAGAAACAAUGAUUACAAAAUACCAGUUCAUUGACAGAAUAAAGGUGGUUCACGCAGACAUCUGUACUCAGGCUUCACUUCUUCAGAAAGCUGAUGUUGUUGUAAUGAAUAAUGUCUUUGAAUAUUUUCUUGACAGACAGGAACAGGCCAGAGCUUGGGAAUUUAUUGCUUGUAAUGUAAGAAAAAGAGGGUCUUUGUUAGUGACGGUUCCGAGCCUUAAAGAAUCACUUUCGAAGCUCCAGACAGAUAUACAGCUCAGUCAAUGGGUCGAAGAGAUGCAGCUAAACUAUGAUGUGUAUAUGGAAAAGGAUGUUGACAGAGAAGCACUUGAACAAAUACAUUUAUACAAGAUUCUUUAGUACCUGGAAAAAUGUACUAGUAUCCUUGUAAUAUGUGUUUUGGAUCUAAAAUGAAUUUGGAUUGAUUUGUGUGAAUAAAUUAGGUCAGAAUUCUUAUUGUGAUUAA